AUGCAUCCUGUCGCCGUUACUUUACUGUUCCUCAUCGUCAUCGAUGAGGUGUUAGCUGGAGCGUUGGACCGUGUGCAAAACCGUGGGCUGCUUUGGCAGCCGAUUAGGAUGGAGGAUCUAAACGACCUCGACUUUGCGGAUGACAUUGUGCUGUUCUCGCAGAGAGGAAAUGACAUUCAAAACAAGCUGGAUGACUUAGCUGCAUGCUCCACGGCGGCGGGUCUGAAAGUCAAUGUCUCCAAGACCAAGUCGAUGGUAGUGAACACGGAACGCGCUCAAGGCUUCACGGUAGCUGGUGAAAACGUUGAGAAGGUCGACACUUUCCAGUACCUUGGUAGCCAGAUUGCGCCUGAUGGUGGUACCAAGCUCUAA